GAAAUUAAUCUUUUUCGGUGGCUGUAAGGUUUAAUGGGCAUUGAAGGUGUGCCUACGUAUUCGAAAUCUGGAAAUAUGGACAUAAUUUCAACUCCGCCAGGUUUUGUAUCUCAAACAUCGUUUGUGCUGAGGAAUGUACGUCGAGACAAAGAAAGUUCCAGGUCGGCGUCGACACAAGAGCAGACAACUGGAUUCGGCACAGAUGGUGAAGAUAGUUGCAAUAUGUUUCUUACAAACCGACCGUGGAUAGUGCAUGGUCACACAAUUCCCAGCUCAGAGGCCUUAAGGCCGAGAAAAACUGAGGGACGGAGAAGACGGCCCCUCAAAGUGUCUGAGACCGAAGUCCUUGAGGAAGCUCCUGUGUUCAACCCAACCGAAGAGGAAUUCAGUGACACACUCUCAUAUAUAUCAAGCUUGCGUGACAGAGCUGAGCCGUAUGGAAUCUGUUGCGUUGUUCCUCCACCUUCAUGGAAACCUCCAUGUCUUCUCAAGGAGAAAAAAAUAUGGGAGGCUUCUACAUUUUUCCCUCAAGUUCAGCUCUUUGGAAGUCAUACCGAGAACCCAAAGAUUAAAAAGGAGGCUGAUGCGGAUAGUGAUGAUGCUGCACCUGAGGAAGUUCAGUUUUGUAGAAUAGAACGUGGUCCUGGGUAUACUUUGGAGACCUUUAAAGUCUUUGCAGAUUCAUACAAGAAGAGACAUUUUAGCACGAAGGAUGAGGUUCUGGGUUCAGAGAACUCAUCUACAUCACUUAAACCAGAGGAGCUUACUGUGGCUGUAAUUGAAAAAGAGUAUAGACAACUUGUUGAGAGUCCACUUGUUGAAAUUGGGGUGCUUUAUGGCAAUGAUCUAGACACCACAACGUUUGGAAGUGGAUUUCCCUUAUCUGCACCAUCUGAGUCUUGCAAGUACCCAUCAGGUUGGAAUCUGAACAGUACGGCUAAGCUUCCUGGUUCUCUUCUAUCAUUAGAAGACUGCGAAUCUAUUUGUGUUCCUCGCCUAAGUGUAGGAAUGUGCUUGUCUUCCCAGUUCUGGAAAUCUGAGAAGGAGAGACUCUACUCUCUCUGCUAUUUGCAUGUGGGCGGCGCUCCUAGAGUUUGGUAUUCUGUAGCGGGAUGUCAUCGAUCAAAGUUUACGGCUGCCAUGAAGAGCUUAAUCCCUGAGAUGUCAGGAGAACAGCCAAAGAAGAGUUAUGAUCCUGUGAUGAUAAUGUCUGCAUAUCGAUUGAGCAUGGAGGGUAUACCAGUGACCCGUUGUGUCCAGAACCCUGGCCAGUAUGUUAUUAUAUUUCCAGGGGCGUAUUACUCUGCCUUUGACUGUGGCUUCAACUGUAUGGAGAAAGCAAAUUUUGCUCCCCUUGAUUGGUUGCCCCAUGGGGAUAUUGCUGUUCAGCUGAAUCAAGAGAAGAGUAAAAAAUCGCUGAUAUCGUAUGAUAAGCUAUUAUUAAGUGCUGCACGGGAAGCUGUGAAAUGUCUUAAGGAAUAUGCCUUGUCCAAGAAAAACACAGCAUGUUACACCAGAUGGAAUGAUUCUUGUGGGAUGGAUGGGUUGUUCUCCAACAUAGUCAAGUCACGGAUCAAGCAGGAGAAAAACAGACGUGAAUUUCUAAGCAAUUCCCUAGAAUCGCAAAGGAUAGACAAGAGUUAUGAUUCUGUGAGCAAAAGAGAAUGCUGUGUAUGUCUUGGGGAUUUGCAUCUUUCCGCUGUUAAAUGUGCAUGCUCAGCUGAUCGUUACUCGUGUCUGAGCCACAUGAGGAAGCUCUGUGCCUGUCCGUGUGACAGAAAGAGUUUUCUCUAUAGGUACACUAUCGAUGAACUGAAUCUUCUUGUAGAUGCGUUGGAAGGUAAAAAGCUCAGCUCUAUGUUCAGAUGGGCAGGCAUAGAUCAAAAAUACUGUGCUUCUCCAGCCACCACAAGUUCACAACCCGAAGAAGACAAAGGCAAAGAAACAGAUGAGGUUACACCCUGUAACAUCACGAGGAAAGAUGUCGCAGCUGGAACUAAGGACCAGAUGAGAGUGAAGGCGAGAUCUAUGGCUGAUAUACUACUGAAUGUUAAAGAUGGAAGCAAUGAUGCUAAGGAGACUUUGAAAUCUUGUUCCAAGAAAUCAAACAGACCAUCAUGCGAUAACGAUUCCUCUGAGGUCAACAACACACCAAAGAAACAGAAGCAUGCCGGAGAUUACUCGUCGUCGUCUGUGUCAGAUUUAGUUAUAUUUGCGAUAGUUCGAAUGGCGGAGACGGACGUCGGAAGCGUGAAGGGGAAGGAGAAAGGAUCGGGAAAGCGCUGGAUUUUGCUGAUCGGAGCUAUAGCUGCCGUUCUAUUGGCCGUCGUGGUCGCUGUGUUUUUGAAUACUCAGAAUUUGUCGAUUUCUGAAUUAACCGGAAAAAUAUGCAAUUGCCGUCAGGCUGAGCAGCAGAAGUACAUUGGGAUAGUUGAAGAUUGUUGUUGUGAUUAUGAAACUGUGAAUCGGCUUAACACGGAAGUGUUGAAUCCAUUGCUUCAGGACCUUGUUAAGACACCGUUUUACAGAUAUUUCAAGGUUAAACUGUGGUGUGAUUGCCCGUUUUGGCCUGAUGAUGGCAUGUGCCGUUUAAGAGACUGUAGUGUUUGUGAAUGUCCUGAAAGCGAGUUCCCUGAAAUAUUUAAGAAGCCAUUAAGCCAAUACAAUCCUGUUUGUCAAGAAGGGAAACCACAAGCUACUGUUGAUCGUACCUUGGAUACUAGAGCUUUCAGGGGUUGGACAGUUACAGAUAAUCCCUGGACAAGUGAUGAUGAAACGAACAACGAUGACAUGACAUAUGUUAAUCUUCUGCUAAAUCCUGAACGGUACACUGGCUAUAUUGGCCCAUCAGCUAGAAGGAUAUGGGAAGCUAUAUACUCUGAGAACUGUCCCAAACAUACAUCUGAAGAAUCGUGCCAAGAAGAGAAGAUCUUGUACAAAUUGGUCUCUGGUCUUCACUCAUCUAUUUCAGUUCAUAUCGCUUCAGAUUAUUUACUUGAUGAAGCUACAAACUUGUGGGGUCAAAACCUGACUUUGUUGUAUGAUCGUGUGUUAAGAUACCCAGACCGUGUUCAGAACCUAUACUUCACAUUUUUGUUUGUUCUUAGAGCAGUAACAAAGGCAGAAGACUACUUGGGAGAGGCUGAAUAUGAGACUGGUAAUGUCAUUGAGGACUUGAAGACCAAAUCUCUGGUGAAGCAAGUAGUUGGUGACCCCAAAACUAAAGCAGCUUGUCCAGUACCAUAUGAUGAAGCUAAGCUCUGGAAAGGCCAACGUGGACCAGAACUGAAGCAACAAAUACAAAAACAAUUCAGAAACAUAAGUGCAAUAAUGGACUGUGUAGGCUGCGAGAAAUGUCGUCUAUGGGGAAAGCUCCAGAUUCUUGGCCUCGGCACUGCACUAAAAAUCCUGUUCACUGUCAAUGGUGAAGACAAUCUGCGUCAUAGUCUUGAAUUGCAAACGAAUGAAGUGAUUGCGCUGAUGAAUCUUCUGAACAGAUUAUCUGAAUCGGUAAAAUAUGUUCAUGACAUGAGUCCUGCGGCCGAGAGAAUUGCAGGUGGACGGGCCUCUUCAGGGAACAGCAUUUGGCAGAGAGUAGUGAAAUCUUUAACGCAAACAAAAGCUGUAUCUGGGAAGAGAAGCUAGAUCUUCGAUGAGGUCUGGGGCUUGUGGGAUCAAGCGCAGUGAUGGCGGGAGAAUAUACUUUGUUGUAAUGU